GCAACAUCCUUUAGAUGUGGAGUAAGGACAUCUGCAACCACUUCUGGUAUUGCUGCAAGACUGCAGAUACAUAUGAAGAUUUUUUUGACAUGUGGGCUGGACUACUUCACCAUGUGACAGGAGAACAUGCGUGGGCCCUUGGAGCCUGUCAGCAUGGUCCCUUGGUGGAGGACAGAGAGAAGGAGUGGAUCCAGAAGGGUUCUGUGGCACACCAGAGACUGACAGAAGUGGUGCUUGAUGCACGCUGGCUAAAGAGCAUACACAAAUAUCUACAUUUUAGGUCAACUGCAGAGUUGGAGUCAUUCCACAAUCAUAUUUUAAUGUAUGCAAGCAAACGCUUCUGCUUUUCGCCACCCGUGUACGCUGCUCGCGUCAUGCUGGCUGGCCUGGACCACAACCACCACGUUGACCGACCAGCAAAGAGAAGGGCUGAUGGCUCUAUUCAAUACGGUAAGGUGUACAAUAAAAAGUCCAGGAAGUGGAGCCUUUACACACUAAAGGUUAAAAUGGACUACAGUUACAUUGUGGACCUCCAAAGUGCGAUUCUGCAGCACAGAAUGUCUGCUACUGGGGGUUUGCCACGGACUAAAAAAAAGAGGCCCGAUGAUCCCCGUCAACAUGGGGUUCUGUCAGGUGUCCAUGCCCCAUCAACACAGGAGCUUUUGCAGAAUCAACUCAGCAGAGGGCUAGGUAAAUCACUGCCAAAGGAGAAGAUCACCACAGCAGACAACGCAUCAUGCAAAGCCUGA